AUGAAGAAGCUGGAAGAGACUCUUGCUCAGUUCAUGCAAGUAUCCAUGUCUAAUCAAAAGAGCACAGAGUCAGCCAUCAAGAAUCUAGAAUUCCAGGUGGGACAAUUGGCAAAACAACUGGCAAACCGACCGUCAAGUAGCUUUGGAGCCAACAUAGAGAAGAAUCCAAAGGAGGAGUGCAAGGCUGUUAUGACUAAAAGCAAAAUGGUGAGCAUGAAUGAAGGUGAGAAGAGGAUAGGUGAAGAAAAACAACAGCUGGUGACUGAACCAGAAAUUGACCCAGUGGUGGAACUUUUGAGUGAGACAGAGGAAGAAGUGGAAGCAGAAGAUGAUCAACAGAAGGAGAUACCAAUAAUAAAUAAGUACAUUCACAGUGAAAACAUCAUUGUGGAAGGAAACUGCAAUGCUGUAAUUCAGAGGAUCCUUCCACCUAUGCACAAAGAUCCUGGGAGUGUGACUAUUCCGUGUUCAAUUGGUGAAGUUUUUGUUGGCAAGACUCUUAUUGAUUUGAGAGCCAUUAUUAAUUUGAUGCCACUUUCCAUGUGCCAGAGGCUUGGAGAGUUGGAGAUAAUGCCGACUAGGAUGACUUUACAGUUAGCAGAUCGCUCCAUCACCACACCCUAUGGAGUGAUAGAAGAUGUUUUGGUUCGGGUCAAACACCUUAUCUUUCCUGUUGACUUUGUGGUAAUGGACAUAGAGGAAGAUACAUAUAUUCCCAUAAUUUUGGGACUUCCAUUUAUGGCUACUGCAAGCUAUGUAGUAGACAUGGGUAAGAAGAAGCUAGAAAUGGGUAUUGAAGAUCAAAAGAUUAGAUUUGAACUAUUUGAUGAAGAAAGGAAAUUGUUAGACCAGAAUGUUUGUCUAGAGGUGAAGGAGAGUGAAUAG